AAAAUUAUGUCCCCACAACUGCCCCUAGGUUUUAUUGCCUCGACAUUCUAAGGUGAUGGAACCUAUAUCGUUUCUUCCAUUUAGCACGUCGGCUAAGCUCGCUUUGUCCUUCAUUACCGAGGUCAUCAUUCGUCGGCUCAAUACGACCAAGAUUUAGUCUGUUUUCAUCAAUGCUUCAAAACCAAUAACCAAGUUUGUUUAAGUUUCUCAGCCGAGAUCAUCCCUCUAGUCGAGGUCCUGCUCUAUUAAAUCCAGAACUCCAAGAGUUUCAACACACGUAUGAGCUGUCACGCACAAUAUUUCAACCGUUUUUGCCACGCGUCCUUCCCUUACUAAACCGUACCUGACACGUGCCAUUAAGUCGCAUCGCAUUUGCGUGCGUCGUCUGACAAGCACGUCGUCCUAGGCACACUAAUUGCCAUUUUGUCGCCAUUCUGCGUGUUUGAUCAAAAUCAUCUCUCUCUCUCUCCGUCUUUUCACUUCUUCACCACCGUUUUCGUGCAAGUUCUCUCUUUCUACUCCCAAAUCCUCCAUUGUUUCAAGCUCCCAAGCUCUGCAACCACUCCGUUCACCUCCUCCGGCGAAGCUCUCUCCACUCUGCUCUGCCUAUUUCCACCGUCAGACUCCGGUGAAUCUCAUAUCGGCGUCAUUUUCUGUGGUAAGUCACUGUUUCCCCCAUCUUCAGUUUCAAACUCCGUUGUUUUUGUCUAUUGCCAUGGUGAAUGUCUUCAUGUUCUCUAAUCUUUAUCUAGGCUUCAAACUUUAUCAUUUGCAUGUUUUGCGCAUGUCCUAUCUUGCAAUUUUUUGUGCUUGUCUUGUUCUUGAUUCUUGACCUUUAUGUACAAAUUGCACACAUACUCGCUCAACUUUGCCACUGUUCUUGGCCUUGCACACCUGCACAAACUUGUUCAGUGUUCUUUGAUUUCUUGUUUGUCUUCUUGAGUCUGAAUCAUAUUCUUGUCUCUGUUUUCUGUGUCUUUUUCCAGAUUCUUAGGCUUGGGAUUUGUUCUAGAAACUUGUUUUUUAGGAAAACCGAACCUAAAACCCUUUUGAUCUUCAGAAAAAUUCGCCUCAGCACACGAUUAGGUUUUAGCCGAGGUCCUUAAAACCCUAACAAACCACUUCCUUCUAAAAUCCAACACCUUUCCCACUUAGCCGACGUUAUGGGUAUGUUCAGGUGGAGGGUAAAUACCCCAACUAAGCUAGCAUACUUGAGGUAGGAGUUUUCCAUUCCUACCGACGUUCAUCUCAGGUUGGCUGGGGAGGAGGACUCCAUCAUGCCCAAAGACGACUCCAUGCCAUUCCCAGUAAUAGCCUUCAUAGAGUGUGGACUUAGGCUCCCUCUUGACAUCCUUUUCCGAGAAGUCCUUCACUAUUAUAAACUCAACCCAAUGCAAUUAGCCAUUAACUCUUACAGAGUCAUCAAUGGUAUCAUUGCCUUAGCUAGAGAGAAAAUGCUAGGGUAACUCUAGCCGACAUCUAGUACUGCUACACCAUGUGUGGCCUUAAGUCAGAAAAAUGCUACAUUUACUACCUUAAGCCGAGGUCGACGGAAUACAAACUCAUAGCCGACCUCCCUGAUUCCAACAAGGGCGCCGGGGACGAUUACUUCAUCGUCUCGGGCAACUGGGAGUUCCUUCCAGACGAUGACCUUCACCUCUACCUCUAAGCCGUACAUUGUUCAGAGAGGGAGAUGGUAAGAGCCAAGUGUUACUUUUACUUGCUUCUUAAGUCUUUUUUACUUUGAUAUUUUUGUGUGCUCUAACGUCUUUAUGUUCUAUUUUGCAGUUCUUUCUCAGCCUCCAAAGGACUUCCGAAAGAACUUCUAUCCCAGCAAGGAUUUCAAGAGGCUGUUAGGUCUGCCAGUUGACCAGUGAAGAGCCCCUUUGCUGCUCAACUACAUCCUGGCUUACAAAUCUGUACUUCCCGACUUCUCAAGAAAAAACAAGUCUCCUCCUUUAGCAGCAACUCCUGCUACAACUUCAUCACCUCGGCCAGAUCAGGGAUCAAUCUCUAAUCCAACAGAACAACCAUUAACCUCGGCUCCACAAUUAAUCCCACCUUCUUAAUGCAAACGUCGAUGUCUAAUUGUAGCCGCCGUUGAGAUGGGUCGUAAGAAGUCUGUAUCAGACGACCUUCUAGUCGACAUCCAUAACACUGUCACCGUACAACCUUCGCCAUCCCAGUCUCAGCCAAACCCAAAGCCAAAAAGACUGAAAAAAGCCCAACCUAAGGCAACGGUAACUCUGAUCGACUCUGAGGACACCUUGCCAAUCUCCAAAAUAGCUGAGGCGGAAAAAAGUGCCUCUACCGCCGAAAAGAUGCCCGCCGAGGCUGCUCCCUCUGAAUCAACCCGGUCAAAGAAGCCGAGGUCAGAGUUUGCGACAACCUCGGGGUCUAUGAAAUCUGAUGCCCCCUGGGCCUCUCCAAUCACCAUUGAGGACAAGCUAGUCAGAGUCGGCGACAACGCGACUGACAUUGAAGUCGGCGUUGCCCUCUCCACUGCCUUGCUCCUUCCAAAGGACCUCGAACGCAACACCGAGGUCAGCGAAUACUAAAACUUCACUCUGAUGUUGCAACACUCUGUACAAGCGAUCCAGCACGCCCACUCCUUCGCGAUGCAGGCUUUCAACACUAAGAAAGAAUUGGUCAACAAGAACAAGGAGGCUGCUGGCUUGCUGAAGACCGUUAAUAAGGUCGAGGCCAAGAUAAAGACUUUGAUGGAUAAGGCCAAGACUGCCAAAAAAGCUCAAGACGAGGCCGAGGAAAGGGCAGGAGCUACUGAGGCCAUUGCCAAGGUCCUUGAAGCCGAGAAGAAAGAGGCCGAAGUAAAGACCGCCGAAGCCCAGACCGAGCUCAUUGCUGCCUUGGCCACAAAGGACGCCGAGAUCAAAACGACAGAUGAGAAGGCCUAUGCUGAGGGGGCAGUCGAUGUCAAAGAAGACUACAAGAAACAAGUGAAACAGGCAUGUAACAAGAGUUUCACCCUUGGUUGGAUGGAUGCUCUGAAGGAGUUGGCUGUCUCCGAGGACUCUCUUCUUAAGAAUGCUAGCAACCUCGUCCUGCCAUUUCCACCCACUCCUAGCCAAUCCGAGGACAAAGUUGAGUCCAAGAAGGAAGCUGAGGCUGAAAAGUCUGAGAAGGCUGUGGAUGCUGGGGCUAAGUCUCUAACUUUGAAUAAGCAAGUCUUGGACUUGACUUAGGAGGAGGAGGACGAGGUCUCAAAAGAUACCACUCCUGAGAAGACAACAUCUGACCCGCCUAUCGUCGAGAAGAGCAUCGGCCAAACUCUCCAAGAGAUCGAUGCUGAGCUCGCGGCUAAGAAGGCUGCCGAGAAGAGUUCUCAGAUGUCUUCCGAGCCCCAAAUCGAUCCAGCUAAUGAUGCCGAAUAGUCUAAUCUUGAAGCUUUUCCUCUGUACUUAGUACUUUUUUCUUUUUGAACAAUGUUUAGCUCUUUAUUUGGCCGAUGUGCCUUUUAGUAAUUUGAAUAAUUAUUCUUCAAUGUCAGGCCGAAAUGCCUUUUUUCCUUAUCUGAAUACAUUCUCUAAUUUUUUAUUUCAAUGUGAUUGUAUGUUUGUAUGCGUUACUGUUUCCAUACUUAGAAUAUUUUGCAUGUCUUCAGUUUAUGCCUUUCUUGUAUAGUCUCCUCGGAUUAACAUACCUCGGACAAAACUUCCAAUCUUGCUUAUCUCGGCCUUGGCUUAACACUUGAAAGCAUUGUAAAAAAUAUUUUCACAAGUGCUAUAUAAAACCUGCCAUUUUACUUUUACUUAGUAAGACUUUUAUCUUCAAAUAUCUUCCAAGUCUUGGCAACAUGGUAAUCUUGGAAAGUACGUAGAUACUUCUUUCAACAUA